GCUGCUAGCUUGUUAUUCCACUGCCCCGGUGACAGCAGCAUCGAGCCCCCCCUCCCUCCCUCAGGAAACCAUGGCCGAGCAGGCCUCGGGAUCCGCUCUGUCGUCCAAACAUGACGCGCUGCUCCAGCAGAAAGUGGCAGCUCUGGAGCAGGAGCGGGCCGAGUUCAUCCGACUCAAGCAACAACUGGAGGCCGAGUUCAACCAGAAACGAGCCAAGUUCAAAGACCUGUACAUGUCCAAGGAAGAGGAGCUGAAGAGGCAGACUGUGGCGCUGGACGGCGCCCAGGCCGAGCUGAGCUCUAUCCAGACCCAGCUGACUCUAGCUCACGCCGAGGUCGAGACCAUCAAAGAGGUGGCCACCGUGUCGGAAAACACCAAGCAGGAGGCCAUCGACCAGGUCCGCAGCCAGUGGCAGGAGGAGGUGGCGUCGCUGCAGGCCAUCAUGAAAGAAACGGUGUGUGAGUACGAGGUCCAGUUCCACCAGCGCUUGGAGCAGGAGCGAGCCCAGUGGAACCAGUACAGAGAGGCAAUGGAGCGGGAAGUGGGCGACCUGCGCCGCCGCCUCACUGAGGGCCAGGAAGAGGAGAACCUGGAGGACGAAAUGAAAAAAGCCCAGGAGGAUGCAGAGAAGCUGCGUUCAGUGGUGAUGCCCAUGGAGAAGGAGAUCGCAGGCCUGAAAGCCAAACUGACCACAGCCGAGGAGCGUGUGAAAGAACUGGAGGCCUCCAAGGUCAAAGAGCUCAAUCACGUCCUGGAGGCGGAGAAGUCGUGUCGCACAGAUCUGGAGAUGUAUGUGGCUGUGUUGAAUACGCAGAAAUCAGUGCUGCAGGAAGACGCUGAGAAACUACGGAAAGAACUCCACGAAGUCUGUCACAAGCUGGAGUUGGAGCGGCAGCAGCACAAUCAGCUCAAACACACGUGGCAGAGAGCCAACGACCAGUUCCUGGAGUCCCAGCGCCUCCUCAUGAGGGACAUGCAGAGGAUAGAGAGCGUGCUGUCAUCUGAACAGCUCCGCCAGGUGGAGGAGAUGAAGAAGAAAGACCAGGAGGAGGAUGAAAAAGAGAGACUGAGCCAAGUGAAAGAGCUGCACGAGGAGGAUGGGGGAGACAACACCGAGCCGCUGGAGGACUUGUACCUCGGGCUGAGCGUCGACGAGCAUCAUGCCAACCACAGCUCCCAUGGCUCGAUGCACUCCUUAGACACUGACACGGUGGCUGGCGGCCUCAUGGACCCCUACAAAGAAAACCUGAGGCGGGUUCAGUCCACGGACAGCCUCGGCUCCUCGCUGUCUGCCCAGCAGGGCCUCGGUGGCCAGAACCACAAAGCUAAGUCGGCCAGCCACUUGGACGAGUCGGACUUUGGGCCCUUGGUGGGGGCCGACUGCGGGGUGACGGACAGUAGUUUUGGCGAAACGUCGUCCAUCAGCUCAAUUAAGCUGACGGGGAGCCACUUCCUGCUCACUAAGGACCAGGAGAAGGCCAUCAAAGCCAUGACGCCGGAGCAGGAGGAGACGGCGUCGCUGCUGUCCAGCAUCUCACACACCACUAACACCGCCUACUUACCGCCUGCUGGCUACCGACUGGUCAGCGACAGCGAGUGGAAUCUGCUACAACAGGAGGUGAAAAACGCUGGCAGGAAGCUCGGCCGACGUUGCGACAUGUGCUCUAACUACGAGAAGCAACUACAGGCCAUUCAGGGUCAAGAGGCUGAGACACGAGAUCAGGUGAAGAAACUCCAGGUGAUGCUACGUCAAGCUAACGAUCAGCUGGAGAGGACGAUGACAGAGAAACAGAGUCUGGAAGAUUCGGUCAAGUCAGGCAACGAGGAGACGACUGCUAAGGUUUCUGCCCUCAUUCAGAGAGUCCAGGAGUCUGAAACACUGCUCAGCACACUACAACAAGCCUUUAGUGACGCUAAGAGGAACACACAGGAACAGAUGGCGGUGCUGGUGAAGUCGAGGGAGCAGGUGGCAGAUGAACUGAGUCGACUACAGAGAGACAACGAGAGCCUGCAGGGAAAACACAGGCUACACGUAGAACUGCAGCAACAAGAGGAUUUCCAGAUGCCCAACACUGUGCAAGAGCUGCACGGGCUGGUGCUGCGGCUGCGUGACGACACGGUGGCGUUACGGACGUCGGCCGAUCACAUGGAGGAGAAGCUGAAAGCGGAGAUUCUGUUUCUGAAGGAGCAGAUCCAGGCCGAGCAGUGUCUGAAGGAGAACCUGGAGGACACGCUGCAGCUGGAGAUCGAGGGCUGUAAGGAGGAGAUAGCUUCUUUCUCCAGUUUGAAGACAGAGCUGGAGAGAAUAAAAACUGAGAAGGAACAGUUGCAGCGCAGUUUAGCGGAGAAGACCGAGACACUGGAGAACAUCCAGGGAAUGAGGAUCCGCCUGGAGCAGCAGCUGAAAGAGCUCAACACUGCAAAGAGUGCACUGGAGAGUCAGGUCCUCGACGAGCGGGACAAGGCUCAGCGGCUGCAGACGGAGCUGGACGUCAGUGAACAGGUCCAGAAGGACUUUGUCAAACUUUCUCAGACUCUUCAGGUACAGUUGGAGCGAAUACGACAGGCGGAGUCCUUGGAUCGUAUCAAAGUAAUCCUCAACGACACCAACUUGACUGACAUCAACCAGCUUCCAGAGACAUGAUACCACUGAGUGAAAACUGCCUUCAGUUUCAUUCCCCUCUUUUUUCUCAAUCACUGGCCCAAUAACAUUAUUGAUCCGACCCUUCCUCCUCCUCCUCCUCCUCCUCCCCAUAACCGCCGUGGACGAAUCCGGAGGAACGAGGACAGACGCGGCACGAGGAGCUCAUGACCGUCUGUGUACAUUGUAAGUCAUGGAACACACCACGGACAGGAAAGAUGAAGAAGAACACUACUUAAAAAUGAAAAAAAAAUGUAAAUAACUAAAUGUGUGACUGUGGAUGGAGAGAGUGGACGUCCGUCUUUGUGUGGGUCUGUCUGUGUCUUAUUUCUACUGUAGAUACGACUGUCUGUGUUAGGCUCAACCAAAAAAAAAGUUUUGUCGUCUUCUGAAGCACUUUUCAUCUGCAACUCUCCAGGUAAAUAGAAAACAAACGGACACAUGACAUUUUCUCCGUCUCUUCUCACGGCGGUCGAUAAUCUCUGCUUCUCUGUUCCCACUCGGUUUUUCCUCCUUUUUACUGUUGCAUUUUACGCCUCUUUCUGGUCAUUUCACCCCAUAAUUACAAAAACACCCAUGAAGGAUGGAAAAUACUUGCAAAUAACUUAACUAGGAUUAAAAAAACAGAAAGAAAAAGGAACAUAACUCAAAAUGAGCAAUACCCUCAAUUUCUCUAACGUCCUCUACUUUAUCUUGUUUUGCUCUUCACGUCUGACAGAAGUGUUUUGUUGUUUUUGUUCUGUUUUUUUCUCUUUUUAAAGCUGCAGAAAUACAGGGAAGAAACAUUAGUUUUGUUCAGAAAUGUGGGUUUAAACUGUCAACAAAACACUAGUUACGCCAGUAGAUUUAAGGUGAAAGCUGCUGUCAGUGAUGUCUUCUUUUUGGCUGACUUCUUACUUGUUCUUCCUGUUACACUAAAGUUCCUGAUCAAAGUUUAAACAGAGAGAACAGAUUGUGUCGUUAAACUGCGACCAAAAUGUUGAAAAUAUCGCUUCUCUAUGUUUGUAUUCUGUAUAAACACUGAAAAAUAGUAACGUUCCUCUGCUUUGGUCCCCACUAAAUCGUAGUGGGUCAAAACAAGGCGUCGAUUAUGAUCAAUAUAAUCCCACCUAUACUUUAGAUAAGGAUCCCUGGUGUAAAGGAUCGAGGUGAGGUGAUAGAGUUUGACUGCUGAUAUUUGAGAUUAGGAUUGAGACUUUCUCCUGAUUGGAUUAAAUGUUGCGCGACAUGUCCUGAGACUGAAAGACCCACGAUGUCACUGAGUUAUUAAAUACAGAUUUUAACUUAAAGCUGUAGCAGUAGCUCCGUAUGACUCUCUUUGUUUCUCAGUAUAGUUGUAUCGACAGUUGGAGUUCUGACAUAAACACAGAGAAACAUCCAAGGAAAGUUUCUGAAGUAAAUUCUACUGCUCAAAACCCAGAUUUUACAGUUUAAACUGAUAAAUGUUUCUUGUCCCCGCCCGCCCCUGCUCCACUGCUGUCUACACGCAGGCUCCCUCGUUCAGGUCUGAUGGUAUUGCUUGUCGGAGCCUGUUUUCACAUGAAGGAAGCGCCAUAAUGUUACACUGUCUCUGUGUAUGAAGACCAAACAACGACAACAACAAAAAAAUCACACUGCAGCUUUAAAAGACUUCGCUGACAGCAGCUUUAAAGUGGUGACUUAAAGAAAACAGACCAAUCAGCUGUCCACAUGAGUCAAUAAGUGUACAUGGAAAACAAAAUCAAUUUUAAUACACUUUACUCCUUUUUAAUGUUUGCCAUUUGCAUUGACUUUGGAUUGAGUUUCCUAAUGAAGCUCUGAAAUGAAAGCGGGUGGCUUUUAAAUCGUAAUGGAGACACAUUAUAGCACAGUGGUGUGAUGAGGUCAGGGGUCAAAAGCAAGUCGCUCGUACAGGAAAUAGCUUUUUAGGAAAGCUCAGAAUGGUGGCGGGAAAAAAAGACAACUAGCCUUUUACAAACAAACAAAUUUACUUUAACUGGCGACUGGAAAGUUCUAUCAAGUGUCUUUAAAGGUCCAGUUUGUAAGAAUGAGUGACAUCUAAUGGUGACACAGCAGAUUGCAAUAAAAGGAAGGAUUCCUCUGCUCACUCCUUGGGGCUGCGCUCCGUACCAGAAAUCUGAUUUGUUAUAUUCAUGGAAGAAAGUGUGGCUACUUCCUGUUACGAAGGCUGUUCGCUUUGGGGUAUAGUUUUUCAGGAAACUACGGUGGCCUGCACAACCCACUAACCAUCUACAAUUUUUCUGAAAACGAUGUCCACUCUCCCUGCUGUUUCCUCCUUCGUUGGUUUCUGCAUCAAAUGUAUGCGGACAGAUGUUCUCCUUCCUUUGCAUAGUAAUGGUGCGGUGCAGUUGUAGUGAGAAUUUGGAAUUUCCGAGUUCCUUGUGAGAAUUUUCAACUGGAAUGCCGCGUCAAGUCGGAGCCACCUCACAAAUUCUACUACUUUUACUGUUGAUUGAACUUCUGUCUUAUUUGUUUCCCAUUUAAUCAGUCGUACACACAGUACGGUUACAUUUUUAAUCCGUGGUCCACGUUGCUGCGCUGUUUGUGCGAGUAAAAAUCUCGUAGAGCGUUGUUAUCAACUAGCGUUGCUAACAAGGGUUUGUCUGAGAUAGCUGCGUUUAUAUUUUUCCCGACUUUUCAACUGGAACACGUUAAACUUGGAGCUAACGUCAGUCCCGUUUUAGGAUUUCUGACAUAAAUGUAAGCUUUCGCCAUUUGGGCUGCGUUAUAAACCCAGUGGCGCGAGAUGGCUGCCUCCAUAAAGGCCUGUAACUAAAUAAAAUGUACAAAAGGUGUAUUGUAAGGCUACAACAACCCAACAAUUUUUAAGCAUUUAUGCACUUAUACAAACAUACUAAAUGGGUGGGAUUUUAAGUUUCUGCCAAUAAAUUCUUCCUAAAUGUUACCAUGGUUCCCAAAGGUCCUUAAAUAGAUAUUGAAAGCACUUGAAUUUUGUACAAGAAAGAAGUCUUGCUUGAUGUACGUAGACGAGGCCUGCACAGAGCAAAUGAUGUGGACACUGGCCGUGCAGAACAACGAGCGAGUAACGUUAAGCAAAGAGAGAGCAAAUGUCAACGUGACACUUAGGAAAUGAAAACUCCAAGAUCUCUGUCUCACCAAAGAAAAUCAGAGAAGACUGACAUUGACCAAGAUGCAGAGCGUGCUGCAAAUCAAUAAAAGUGGACGCCAUCAUGGGCGAAGACGCUCGUUGCAUCUUAAGCUGUGUCAGCACAUUCGGUCCUUGAAUUUAAGUGAAAUUUUCCUUGAGAAUUCCUUGAAUUUGAUUACACACUGGACCUUUAAAAAGAUCUUUUUACGACUGAGGGGGGAUGGGGCGCAGUGUAAGACGCUGUGGAUUGCAGAUUGAGAGGAAAAAUCUAUAACUCUUUAAAAGAAAACCCCGCAUUGAAUGAAUUGUCAAUGUUUUCAUUAACAUGUCGAGUGUGAAUCAUUUCUGACGAGUGUGCACUCACCCUGUGUGCUUUGAAUAAAGUUGGUGACUCAUUUGAAUCGUGCUGGACUCAUCUGGCUGCAAAUGUUGGUUUCAUGGAGAAAAGAAAAGGAAAGCAAAUUAAUUUUGUCCUGCGGUAAAAUUCUUCCUGAAGUUUGUGAAGGGGAUUUUCUCUGAAUUCUGAAUUAGACAUUUAACAGAACAGCAGCAUGAUCACUGUUUAUUUUGUUUUGUUUGUUUACGUGCAUGUAUUUCAUUUCCUUGUGUUGCUUAUGUCUGAGCUGUAGAGUUGUUGAGUUGAUAUUUAUGACAGAGUGGGAAUGUGUGGGCGAGCGAGCCUGACUUGCACUGAGAGAACACUGUACGUCGUUUUGAGUCGUGCGCCUCACGUCGUGUUGCGUUUGCGUCGAGAGCCGGUGGUGAAUUUAGAGUAUAAAGUCUUUGACCGUGUGAUUCCUGCACAUUAUUUUCUCCGACAGCGUCAUUGCAUUGGCUUGGUGUGUUUUCAAUUGUCUCUUUAAAUUAAUUUAACGUUUAUGUCCGAUGUUAAUACUUUACAAUAAAGUACAGUAAAGGGGAA